ACCCUAAACCCAAUUCCCUCCUGUUCUAUAUCUCUUUCUUCCAAUUCAACUUCUUAUAUUCCUCAAACUUCUGUUCAAGAUCUUCCUCGUGUGCCGAUUAGUGCCAUAAAUUUACAGUUUGUUGCUGUGUUGGGAUAUUUAGGUGAGCUUGGUCAAGCUUUCAUGUGAUGGAAGAUCUUAAAGGUAGCUCAAGCAGUGAUGAUGGGAAGACUAGUUGUCAUAGAGGGCACUGGAGACCAGCUGAAGAUGAGAAACUUCGGCAACUUGUCGAUCAAUAUGGUCCCCAGAAUUGGAAUUUCAUCGCGGAACAUCUUCAAGGAAGAUCAGGGAAAAGUUGUAGAUUGAGAUGGUACAACCAACUUGAUCCAAAUAUCAACAAAAGGCCUUUUACAGAAGAUGAGGAAGAAAGGCUCCUAAAAGCUCAUCAGAUUCAUGGAAACAGAUGGGCUUCGAUAUCUAGGCUCUUUCCUGGUAGAACUGACAACGCUGUCAAGAAUCAUUACCAUGUUGUUAUGGCAAGAAGGAAGCGGGAGCGCUGCUUGACUUUCCAUGGUAAGAGAAAUAAUUUCCAAGUCCAAUAUUCUACUGAUCAUCAUCUUCGGUCCGACAGAAAUAGCAGUACUCCUCCUGGUAGCAAUUUUGGGUUCUUUAGGCCUCAAGUGUCACUUGAUUAUGGUUCUAAAUUAGGGUUUCAGAAUAAUAUUAUUGAAAGAAAGGGUACUAACAUACCCAUGUCCUCUUCAAACUCAUCACCUUCUUGGACUAACGUUAGUGCUUCAACCAUCACAAAUGACUCAUUAAGUUUUGACGUCUUUGAUGCAAAAAGAAAGGAUUAUAUUCAAUACUCAAGUUCUAAUUCUUCAUUACAUCCUAAAGAGGGACCACUUGCUUUGAAUGAAUCUCUUCACUGUACUUACCAUCCUAGUUCUACCAUUUAUGGUGGUAACAACUACCAGAAUGUUGUUGGACAGCAGAUCCCUAAUGCUAAGAAAGUUAAUCCUAAUAAUCCUUUUGCAUUGACAAGUUAUGGUGAUGGUUAUGGAAGCAAUAAAGAGAAGAUUAUCGAAAGCCAGUUAGUGAGACUCAAUAGCAAUAAUCAUGAGCCAGCUGCAUUGUGGAAAUUGCCAAUGGCUUCUCAGCAAGAAGAAAAAGAUCAUGGAGGUCAAUUAAAGAACCAGGAUGUUGCCUUUAUAGACUUUCUCGGUGUGGGAAUCUCUUAAUUAUCGAAGAUAUAUAUUAUCCAAGCUUCAGUUUUAUCAUCAUGACGAGCAUAAUCUUGGGUUUGAUAAUCUUCCAAUUUUCCAAUUAUAACAAUAUUGGUCAGACGUCUGGUUCAUAUAUAUAUUAGGCAGUGCCUGAUGAGUUCAGAAUAAGCAAAAGGAGGAGGCAGCUACAUUUUGCUUUCAUCCCUCAUUUAGGACUUUCAAUGUUUCAGCUGUAAUUUUCAGUUAGGUACAAUCUGCAAAUGAUAUUUCUUAUGUAAGGGCUUUGUUUUCUUUCUGUCAUCCAUGGAUCGAUGAUGUAGUGGUGGUGGUAGCAGCAGAGCAAGUAAUUUAUGGAAACCUGAAUCUUGAUUGAUUUAUAGA